UGUGGUGAAACGUGGUACUGCGUGCCUGGAGACAAGCUGGAGCAGGUGAAACCAGGUGGGAAACGUGAUGCCAAUUGAGUAAAAGCUUAGGCUUCAGAAACGACUAGGACUUUUUAAUGUGGAAAAUCCUCGUUUCAACUCUAAAUUGUGGGAAAUCGUCGUUGUUUCAGCACGGUGGUCGCAGAAAGGACAACGUUAGCUAGCUUAAUUAGUUAGUUAGCUACAGUAUCAAGCUAGCUAAUCACCGUACACCAGGUGGCCGGCGAAACUGUUUGGGUCACGAAAAAAAGGGGGUCAGCUGCCGCGGGCCCUGCAUUUGCACCGGUGUAUCACUUCACCUCCUAUAUGCCGGGGGCCACCCACAUUCGUCUCGAAGGCCUCUAACCGCAGCCAUAUGCAGCACUGACUCUCGCUGCCAUCACUAAUUGCAGCAUCACGCAAUGACUCAUUGGAUCCGUUGUCAGCGUAAAUAACGCAGCCCCGCAUCGUCCUGCAUCAGUCGUUUACAUGACAGACCAACGCUUUGUGUCUUGGCUCUGCUGCUUGUAGGAGACAAUACUCCAAGAUAGACAUCCUCGAGUGUAUAGAGGAGAUGCCAGGAGUCAACAUUACAGCAUCAGGACCGCAUUCGCUGCAUGAGGAAGGAGACCUUCACAGGCUGCAGUGGGACAGUCUCAGGGGAGAAGAGAGGUCCACCUGGCGCUCAGGGUCCAGCCGGCCCACCGGGCCCUUCAGGCACCCCUGGGUCAGACGGCAUUGAUGGGGACAAAGGGCCUCCUGGGCCCCCAGGUCCACCAGGACAAAAGGGGGAACCUGGACAGCCAGGUCCUGAUGGAGCACCAGGAGAGAAUGGUAUUGAUGGUUUAAUAGGCGCAAAGGGUGAUCGAGGUCCUGCUGGGAGCCCUGGCCCCAAGGGUCAACCUGGACCAAGUGGUGAGCCUGGCCCCCCAGGGGCCGGCCUUCCAGGACUCUCUGGAAUCCCAGGACCAAUUGGUCUCCCUGGUGAAAUUGGUCCGACUGGAUCAAAGGGUGUCAUGGGACCACCUGGACCUCCAGGACUUCCUGGUCCUCCAGGCAAGCCAGGUCCUCCAGGCAAGUUCCUUGGUGGAGAGGAGGGGAGUGCAGAUUUCCAGUGUCCUCUUAAUUGUCCAGCAGGACCUAAAGGCCCCCUGGGAUUGCAGGGAGUCAAGGGACACAAAGGCCGCGCUGGUGUGCUGGGAGAUCCUGGUAGCAUAGGAAAACCGGGUCCCAAGGGCGAAACAGGCAUUUCUGGAGAACAGGGCAUUCCAGGACCUUCGGGUCCAAUUGGUCUGAGGGGCUAUCCAGGAAUGAUGGGACCCAAAGGAGAAGCAGGACCACGUGGUUACAAGGGCAUUGGUGGACCUGUAGGAAUCCCUGGGCCUCCUGGCGAGGAGGGACCUCGGGGACCUCCUGGAGAUGCAGGAGACAAGGGUGACAAAGGCAACCAAGGUAUCCAGGGCCCACAAGGUGCAGUUGGCAAAAAGGGAGAGAAUGGACUGCCGGGUAUUGAUGGGAAAGAUGGCACACCUGGCAUUCCUGGAAUCAAGGGAGGCCCUGGCCAGGCUGGGAGGCCAGGUCUUCCUGGUCCUCAGGGAGCAGCGGGAUUACCUGGCAGUCCAGGAGCUAAAGGUGCAGCUGGAGUCAAGGGUGAACCUGGUCCUAGGGGUCAUGCUGGCUCAUCUGGUGCCCCCGGACCUCUGGGUGAGCCCGGUCUUCCUGGUGAGGCUGGUAUGGAAGGAGUCCCUGGACCCAAGGGAGACAGAGGCCAGCGAGGACCAGUUGGGCCGCAGGGGAUCAUUGGCAAGCCAGGAUCUAAAGGAGAGAGGGGGCCCAUUGGUCUUCCAGGUCCCCAGGGUCUAAGUGGAACCAAAGGAGACAAGGGCUUCCAAGGAAAAGUUGGGUCAAAGGGAGACAUUGGUGACCCUGGUGUUGAGGGAUUGGCUGGCGAGAAAGGCGAAAAGGGCUUGUCUGGCGAACCUGGGCCCAAAGGACAGCAAGGAGUGAGGGGUGAUACUGGCCACAAUGGACCCACUGGAGACCCUGGUAAACCAGGAGACCAGGGGCCAAUAGGGCUGCCUGGUCCGAGGGGGCUUAAUGGGGAGAGAGGAGUACCUGGUAUGCCUGGAAUUCAGGGGUCACGGGGACGUGAUGCUUCAGACCAGCAUAUUAUUGAAGUGGUGUUGAAGAUGUUGCAGGAGAGGCUAGCAGCAGUGGCAGUGAGUGCCAAGAGGGCUGUGCUCGGUGGUGCAGGAGUAAUGGGUCCUCCUGGGCCUCCCGGCCCUCCAGGAGCACCUGGUUCGCAGGGGCCCCAUGGCUUGCCUGGAGCUCGAGGCAUCCCAGGCAUUAUUGGAGCACAUGGACAGAUUGGAAACACGGGACUUAAAGGAAAGAGAGGGCCAAAAGGAGAAAGGGGAGAUCCUGGUAAGCCACACCCAGGACCUCCUGGACCCCCAGGAAUACAAGGUCCUCCAGGUAUUGAUGGGGUGGCUCGGGAUGGUAAGCCCGGAGAGAGAGGACCUCAGGGAUCACCUGGAGAGGCCGGUCUCCCAGGUAAAGCGGGUUCACCAGGUCUCCCAGGAUUCUGUGAGGCAGCAAUGUGUCUGGCUGCAUCUGCAUACACAUCCCCUAGACUACAGGAAGCAGGAACAAUCAAAGGACCCAAUUUUUAAAGACGAGUCUCCUAGCUCAGAGCAGCAGGAACAGAGUGAAUGAGAGCAGGAGAGAGACCACUCUUCAUGUUAGGACAACACCGUGAACGAGGUUUGGGGACUAUGGUAUUGACUGGAUGUAGGGAAUCUCCUCCUGAAACUGACAGCGUAAAGUUCAGUGGGACAUACUCUGAUGUUAAUUCCCCAUGUCACCAUGACAACAGCAGCUCACAACCACCCACACACUAUUCUGAUUUGUCCAGUGUUUAAGGAUGAUGCCAGUGUCAGGCCCAAAUAUCGAAUAUCCCAGCACUGUUACAGCAAGAAAAGAGAUGAAGCCCAAGCAGGGUCAAAAGUGAUUUUCCUUCACACCAAGGUCACUUUAUAUUGUUUUAUAGAAACAGUAAUUUGUUUGAGAUGUGUCUCUCUUGCACCAUUACACCUUCAGUCUAAUUUUACAUGUAGUACUGUACUGUAGAACAUUGUAUUUUCAUAUUUGAGCUUGAGUGAAAUCCCUGAGUUACCUCAUGUGUACAUUAUGCCCUUCUCUCUCUCCUCCCAAUCCCUGUUUUUUUUUCCCAUGUCUCAUUUUAGAAACUAACGACUAUCUUUAUCUCUUCCUCCUGUUGCCUGGCAACACUGUAUCCCGAUGGGCACUCCCAUCUCCCACAAUGCAGUGCUGUAAAUCUUUGUAAAUGUGUGUUGAUUAUUAUGUAGAGAAAAAAAGAGAAUGGGUUACGGUAUGCACCAACAAAACUCCUGUGUUGAAUUCAGCUGCAAUAAAACGUUCCAACAGAAGUAAUGAGUUUUCAUCAGAACGGAUUAGUUAAGUCAUAAUUUGCUUCCUAUGCCACUGUCAACUUUUCUACAGGGCACCACAGUGAUUUAUUUUCAUCAGCAAAAGUUAUUUAUUGUUCUUUAUAUAAUUAUAUGUAAAAA